AUGGAGAAGCACGAGGAAGAGGUUAAUCCCUCUCAGGAACAACAGGCCUCGCCGCUCUCGGUGUUGCCUUCCAUUUUCACAUAUUUGACGUUGCUUCUUGGGCUUCUUGGAGCCUUCAUUUACUUCUGUGGUUUCGAAGCUUUCCAGGAAGGUCCAUUUGUCCUUUACGAGCUUUUGGCCGAGAAAUUCUUGGGUCAAGAGUCUAGCAGUCACCUUGUUAAAAGAAAAGAGUUCAUUGAACUGAUUGGUUUCCGUAUUUUGGUUGGCAUUGGUGUGUUUGCUGUCUUGAACAUUGUUGUGAUUGUGGUCCAUCACGUCGUCCAAAAAAUUGCCAGGGCCACAAACUCCUACAAGAACGUGGACCAUGUCAUCUCCCCCUUCUAG